UGAGCUGGUUUCGCAACGCAGCAAUGGGUGCUCCGGGGGGAAAGAUCAACCGGCCGCGAACGGAGCUGAAGAAGAAGCUGUUCAAGCGACGGCGGGUGUUGAACCGGGAGCGGCGACUGAAGCACCAGGUGGUCGGGGCUGUGAUAGACGAAGGGCUGAUCACGAGGCACCACCUCAAGAAGCGGGCGUCCAGUGCAAGUGCCAACAUUACUCUGUCUGGGAAGAAGCGCAGAAAACUCCUCCAGCAGAUCCGGCUUGCCCAGAAAGAGAAAGCAGCCAUGGAGGUGGAAGCCCCCCUCAAGUCAGCCAGGACUAGUGAACCACAGCCCAAAUCAAAAAAGAAGACAAAAGCCCCCCAGGAUGUAGACAUGGAGGACCUUGAAGAUAAGAGCUAAAUCUCACACCCCUUCCACCAGAAGAUUCUCAGCUGGAGCCAGGAGGACUCGAUGGUUAUUUCAGAGGACUUUGGAGAAAGCGUUGCUCCUUUUCACUGUCCCCAGAUUCCUCUUCCCUAAUGGCCUAGUGACCUGCCCUGGAGGGAUGUAUUGAGAGGAAGAGGGUAGAAAAGAAAGAUUGGAGAGGGGGUCCUAAGCAGUCAACUCCAUUUGUGAUAAAGCCCUAGCAUUCUCACUGAGAUGUGUGUGAUUAAAUGUAGGAAUGGGGAUAGGCCAUGAAAAGGGGCUGUGAGUGUGGAAACAAGACAACUGGGAAACAGGACCCACAGUUCUUACUUGACCAAAGGCAACAAGAAGCCAUCCUCCAUGAUGGCCCUGUCUCCCUGAUGAGUGACACUCCAACUUUCCAUUUCUGACAAAAAUAAGGUGUUCUGUAGAGAUGGCAGAGGAGGUAAGGGUCUUGAUACUGGCCCUGCCUGCUCCCCUGUGUGAGCAGGGUGGGCAAGUGACCGUGGUUGUCUCUGCUUCCUUUGCUGGAUUAUAUUUUUAAUAAAGUGAAGAUUAUUUUUCCCUUUUAA